GAUGGUGCAGCCGGACCUGUUGGACCGCAAAGGAGAACCGCCAGGAACAAAAGGAGAAGCGGGUUUGCCUGGAAAAGAUGGCCGCGAUGGACUUCCCGGGCCACCUGGAAUGGUCGGACCACCGGGUUUGCGAGGCAUUCAAGGAUUAACUGGGCCGCUAGGAGCUGCACGAGUGCCCGGAGAAGAGGGGGAAGCGGGCAAAGACGGACGAGAUGGAUCAGACGGAAUCAACGGCAAAGAUGGGACAGUACUUGGUCCUGCAGGACCUAAAAUUGGAUCUAGCGGGAAAGAUGCCAAGGACGGUAAAAACGGCCAAGCGGGCAAAGGAGGCCGAAGCCCUCCAGGUCUAAUUAGUGUUGACGGAAAGGACGGAACAGAUGGCGUCGAUGACAAAGAUGAAAGCGAUGGGCAGCAAGGAUUGGUUGGUCCCCGAGGUAAAUGGAACAUUCUACGUUUUUAA